ACCAGUUUAGGAAGUUUUUCUUGUAUUCAAUACAUAUUCAGAUAUGAACAGAUUCUCACAGAUUUCUCUAUCAGUUGUAGGAAUUUAUUUACUGUAUUCGCUGCUAGCGUUUUAUUUUUCUGACGACUAUACAGAUUGGAUUGAAUCAGAUCAAGAUGAAAUUGAUCUGAAAAGUAUAACUUUGAAUGGUGACAAAAUCGAAAUUUUUACAAAUUGGCAUCAUUGUUUCUCUGAAAAUAUGAUGAAUAUCAAUGAUUCUGAAAAAUUUUGGGACAAUUUUGUUGGUGUAUCGAGAAAAUGUGAUUUGGAAGCUAAAGUCAAUCAAUUGGGAAUUGUUACUUUGAAAAAUUCGGAUGAAAUGAAAGAAGUCUUGUUUCCGAAAAUUUUCAAUGCGGGUCCUCACAACUUCUUCACAAUUGGCGUUGGUAGAGAUAUUCGAGCAGAAAAACAGUUUAAAAGAAAAAUGCAGAAACUUGGCAAUAAUGUGUCAUUCUUUGGAGCAGAUCCAAUUCCAUACAUAAACGGUGAAUUAUAUUCACAAAUUGGAAAUUAUUUUCCAUUAGCAAUUGGAGGAAAAAGUGGAAUUUCAAAUGCACGAGUUAUGGAGAAAUAUGGCUACAUUGAAACGAAUAUGGUUCAUAUCGAUAUUGUCUACUUUUUCAAAGAAAUUCUCAACAUUACUACUAUUGACAAUCUUUGGUUUGAUGCGGAAGGUGAAGAAUUUGGAAAUGAUUUUUUUGAUAUUUUCUACAAAAAUGGGAGAUUUGAUCAAAAUCAAAUAGAUGUUUGUCAAAUUAAUAUUGAAAUUCACAUUAUCUCCGACAUUGCUCAACGCAAAGAACAGUUCAUGGCAUUUUUGAAACGAAUUAUUGAAGAAAAACGAUAUGGAGUGUUUUUCGGAGACUCAUUUGGACAUAUUCGAAUGUAUAUGUUUAACUACAAUAGCCAAUAUUGUUUAAAUAAAUUUUGAAUGAACAAAAACUUUUUUUCAAAAGUUUUCUGUUUUGUAGCCUUACCUAUACAUGUUCCAUUCUACGUGCGUCAAA